GAAGUAUUUUUUAUUCUCUAACAAUCCGGUGAUAAGCUUAGGGUUUGCGGUGUUUUUAUGUAUAGCACUUUGUUGACGUUAGAGGCCAUGAUAACACUUUUAGCUGAACCUCUCACCUUUAAAUCUUACUUUGAAGAAAAAAGACAUCGAUCACAUUUUAUGAUUUUAUUUAUUUAGAGGCAGGGACAGAAUAAACGAAUGUUUUUGUAAAGAAGGGGGAUUUACCCCUCGGUUAGACCGGUGUGCUAGUGUGUGCUGUUGAAGACUAGCUUGCUUGCUAACUUUCCGUAGCUAGGUUCUCUUCGUAGCCGCUGUGCUACGGGUUGUUAUUGGAGAGUGGUAAAUUCUUCGUGUGUAAAUUAAUCAUGGCAACUAGACGCCUCACCGAUGCUUUCUUAUUAAUGCGGAACAAUGCAAUCCAAAAUCGGCAGAUAUUGGCUGAGCAAGUGAGUACAUACGACCCCCGUCGUACUCUGAGUACACGUAGCAAUGCUGCGGAGCUUGAUGAGCUGGCGGAUGACCGUAUGGCCCUGGUGUCAGGGAUCAGUCUGGACCCAGAAGCUGCCAUUGGAGUCACCAAGAGGCUGUCGCCUAAGUGGGUCGAUGGGGUAGAUGAGAUUCAGUAUGAAAUCACGCGGGUUCGACAGAAAAUGAAGGAGCUGGCCGCCCUCCAUGACAAGCACAUGAACCGUCCCACCCUGGAUGACAGCAGCGAAGAGGAGCAUGCUAUAGAGAUCACCACUCAGGAGAUCACUCAGAUGUUCCACCGAUGUCAGCGUGCAGUCACCGGUCUGCAGACCCGCUGUGGCCACUGUACAGAGCAAGAGGAGAGGCUUCUGAGAAACGUGGUGUCGUCGUUGGCUGGGAGCCUACAGGAGCUUUCCACCAACUUCAGACACACACAGUCCAGCUACUUAAAACGGAUGAAGAAUCGGGAGGAGAGGUCAAAGCACUUUUUUGACUCUGGUCCUCUAAUGGAGGAGGAUGAAGAUAUAGCACUAUAUGACAGGGGGUUUACAGAUGACCAGCUGGUCUUGGUAGAGCAAAAUACCAUGAUGGUGGAGGAACGCGAGAAAGAAAUCCGACAGAUAGUGCAGUCCAUAUCCGACCUGAAUGAGAUUUUCCGUGACCUGGCUGGGAUGGUUGUGGAACAGGGCACAGUACUUGACAGAAUUGACUUCAAUGUGGAGCAGUCAUGUGUCAAAACAGAAGAAGGCUUGAAACAGUUACAAAAGGCUGAACAGUAUCAGAAGAAAAACCGAAAGAUGCUAGUCAUUUUAAUCCUCACUGUUAUAGUUGUCGUUCUAAUACUUGUUCUAUUUGGGACUAAAUUCUAGUGAUGCAUUCCUUUGCUUUCUGUUUAUCUGUGUAUGUUUGCUGUGCAACUAUGUGUGCUUAUUUGAGGGUCUUAUCUGUUCUUCAAACAAUGCUGACUACUUUCCAAUCAACAUCCGAUGAAUCACUCUUCCUGAAUAUUUCGCUGUAUGGCUCAUGGAGGUGUGUUAAAUGCAUGAUAAGAGACUUGGAAGUGGAUAGAGCAAGAGAGAGAUGGAGAACAGCCAGGGUGAGUUGUUAAAUAACUUUGCAACAAGCCUGCACACAUGCACAUUGUCUCCCAGUGCCUGAAUUCCCUCUUGAACAUAACCAAAUCCUCUGUGUCAUGGUUCUUGCUGCGAACAGACAAAAUGUACUCCUUUCCCCCUUGGAGGACUACUGAUGAAUUGUUAUGGCCAACAUUUUGCUGUUUUUGGAGGGAAAAUAUGGUUUGCUUGUUGGAGGGGAAGAAUCAUCUGUCCAGUGUUAUUGUAUGCUCUGUCCUCCCUUGUAUGUGUUCACUGCACAUGCAAUUUUGAAUGUCUAUAGAGGAUGAUUGUUUGUCUCGUGGUGUUGCUUUUACCCUGGUCAUGACAAACAUUCCUUUGCGCAUUUGAUUCCUUUUCUGCUUUAAUGUGGAGGGGUUUAAAAGAGGGAGACAUUAAAAUGUUUUUUGUCUCUGUCUGAAGAAGUACAAUAGUUGAUUAAUUGAAUACCAAAACAUUGUGGAUUUAGAGCUGAAGUUGACUAUCCUAACAAAGAUCCUGUUGCCAACAGUUGUAAUGUUUUAGGAAGUUGCUCCUUUAGAACAUUUGAUUAUUGCUUUCUGUUAUUUCUUUGUGGCGCAAUAUUCCUGACACAUCAGUUCUUUUAUUUUUGUGAAUUUUUUUUGUCUUUCAUCCCCUUCACAGUUUGCACAUAUCAAAUGUCUGGUCGGUUUGGUUUCAUGGCUGUAAAACUACUGUCUACUGUAUAAUAUGAAAUUAUAAUUAUUUAUUUUGAAUUACAUUGUAUAAAAGGUUCAGUGUUUUGUCUCAUACUGUAUGGCAUUGAGUUAUUGUGUAUUGUACAUUAUUGAUUUUAUUAUAUUGUCAUGCAUCUUUAGGAUGCCCAGGCCAGAUGGACUUAUAAAACACUAUUUUCUGUAGCAAAUAAAAUACUUUCUAUAUACAGUGCCUUUGGAAAGUAUUCAACCCCCUUGACUUUUCCACAUUUUGUUGCACUACUCAGUGGGAUUAAAUUGGAUCUACUCUUAUUUUUGUUCAACAAUUCCCACAGUACUCAGUGUUAAAGUAGAUCAUUUAAUAAAAUGACAAAAAAC